GGAGAAGGCCCCCCAGGAAGCGCAGGAGGCAAAGGAGCAGGAGGUGGAGCUUCGUUACGAGCGGGUCGGGCCGGGCGACAAAAGGCUGAGGUGGUGACGAUCGCAAAGUCGAGGGCGUUCCGUGAGAGGCACGGGAAAAUCCUCCUAGAAGGCCAGCGGCUCAUCGCCGACGCGCUGGAGGCUGGGGCCAUCCCCCAGAUGCUCUUCUUCAGCAACCUCGGCUACGUGAAGGAGCUGCCAGUGGCCAAACUGAAAAAAGCCAGCCUCAUCAAGGUGAAGUUCAAAGACCUGAAAGCCUGGUCUGAUGUCACUGCUCCUCAGGGGGUGCUUGGAAUCUUUUCCAGACCGGACCACUCUAAAAUGACUUACCCGGAAGUCAAGCCGCAGCACGUGCUGCCCCUCUCCCUGAUCUGCGACAACGUCCGCGACCCGGGGAACCUGGGCACCAUCCUGAGAUCGGCGGCUGGAGCCGGCUGCAGCAAGGUCUUGCUAGUCAAAGGCUGCGUGGAUGCCUGGGAGCCCAAAGUGCUCCGGGCAGGCAUGGGUGCUCACUUCCGCCUCCCCAUCAUCUCGAACCUGGAGUGGGAGGUCGUGCCGAACUACCUUCUCCUCGGAAGCUGUGUGCAUGUGGCCGACAGCGUCCAGCCCGAGGCAGAGCCGGUCAGCCCCGCGGCCAGCAGCCACGGCUGGGUCUCCAGUCCUUCCCAUCGGAAGGCCAAGAUGACCCAGUCUGACGGCGGCGGCGGCAAUGCGGAAGGCGCCCAAGAGGAAGAAAUGCUUUCGCUGGAAAGCUGCCAUUACGGCGAGCAAUGGACGGACGGACCCACAGCCCUGGUCAUCGGUGGGGAGACGCUCGGCGUGAGCACCGCUGCACAGAAGCUGGCCAAGAGCACGGGCGGGAGGCGGCUGCACAUCCCGGUGGUCCCCGGGGUGGACAGCUUGAACUGCGCCAUGGCCGCCAGCAUCCUGCUCUUCGAGGCGAAGCGACAGCUGCAGCUCCCAGGAACGAGCCGUACCGCCGAGCUGCAGCUGAACUCCUGAGGGAUGUGGACUUGUGAGGCUCGGUCCCUAGCGGGUGGCUUGGGGGAAAAGGCUCGCCUGCGUCUCCAGCGCGCCGCGCCUGCUGCACGGGGGCAGCUGCACAGCGGCAGUGCUGCUUCUCCUCUGGCCCGGCGGAGCAGCUCACCCAGGUCCACGGCCGUCUUGUCGGGUGUGCAAGAUGGAGCAGAAGCUGAAGGGAGAAGCGGGCCAUCUGUCGCUUCCAGUCGGCAGUUUAUGGAAAGGUUUUUUUCCCUGCCACUAAAUAUUCUGGGGGACAAAUCGGCUUGUGUUUCUCACUGUGCCACUUGCAAGGGCAGAAAUACCGGUUUCUUUCUCCCUUCUUCUGUUUAAAAUAAAAAAAUGUCUUGCCUGUGAGAAAACUA